GCAUUGGGCUGUUGGGCUGCGGAGCCGCGGCGAGCAGCAGCAGCAGCAGCAGCAGCCGGAGGUGGAGGAGGAGGAGGAGCAGCGGCAGCGGCAGCACGAGCAGCAGCAGACGACGGCUGCAGGGAGCCCCAGCGGCGGCCGCGCGCUCUGGCCGUCUGUGGCACCCCGCCAGCCCGAGUGUCCGGGCUCUGGCUCUGGCUCGGGGCUCCUCCCCGCCUCGCUCGCGCGCUCCAACCCCCUGAGUCCCGAUGCCGAGGCAUGGAUAGAGCGGCUCUCCGAGCAGCGGCAGCGAUGGGGGAGAAGAAGGAGAGAGGAGGGGGUGCGGCAGCUGCGGCAGAUGCGGGCUCAGCUGGAACUGGGGCCGGGACCGGGGCCGCGGCCGGCCGGGCUCUGCAGCAGUGCGGCCAGCUCCAGAAGCUCAUCGACAUCUCCAUCAGUAGCCUGCGGGGGCUGCGCACCAAGUGUGCCGUGUCCAACGACCUUACCCAGCAGGAGAUCAGGACCCUGGAGGCCAAACUGGUGCGGUACAUCAGCAAGCAGCGGCAGUGCAAGCUCAGCGUGGCCCCCGCCGAGCGGACGGUGGAGCUCAACAGUUACCCGCGCUUCAGCGACUGGCUGUACACCCUGAACGUCAGGACCGAGGUGGCGCAGAAGAUCUCCGGGGAGCUCACGCUGGAUGCUCUGCUGGAGAUGAACGAGACGAAGGUGAAGGAGACCAUGAGGCAUUGUGGUGCCAGUGCCGAUGAGGUCAGCCGCGUACAUUACGCCCUCUCCUGCUUCCGGAAGGUGACCGGCUUAGGUGGGGAACCAAAGGAUGAGCCUGCGUGGAGCCCGCUGGAUGCCCGGCGCGAGAGUGGCUCGGGACCUCCCACGGACACCCUUUCCCCAGCUGGCUUGACCUGGACUCCUGGGGCCUCCCAGCUCAGUAAAGGCAACAGCAGCCAGCAGGCCCGCUCCGUCUCGGUGUCCGCCCUGCCCACGUCGGAUGCUCUGUCCCAGGGCCAGGGCCUCUCUGCCUCUGGCGAGGGCCUCUCGGACAGUUACAUCUCCCUGCAUCACAGCGGGAGGCUCACCCCUCGGACCCCCACACAGCUUCCACCCCCCCCCACCACGCCGCAGCUGCAACGACAGAACAAGCUGAAGGCCCCCCGGACGCCGCCCCCACCCAGCCGCAAAGUUUUCCAGUUACUUCCCAACUUCCCAGCGCUUACCAGGAGCAAAUCCCAUGAGUCCCAGCUUGGAAACAGAAUCGAUGAGGUGCCCUCCAUCAAGUUUGAUCUCUCCCAUGGAUCUCCACAGACGGUACGAAGAGACAUCGGCCUCUCGGUGACCCACAGGUUCUCAACGAAGUCCUGGCUCUCCCAAAUCUGUCACGUGUGCCAGAAGAGCAUGAUAUUUGGAGUGAAGUGUAAACACUGCAGGCUUAAGUGUCACAACAAGUGCACGAAAGAAGUCCCUCUUUGUAGAAUCUCAUUCCUGCCGCUAUCUAAACUACGGAGGACAGAAUCUGUGCCUUCAGACAUCAACAACCCAGUGGACAGACCGACGGAGCCCCAUUUUGGAACCCUCCCGAAAGCACUGACGAAGAAGGAGCACCCUCCGGCCGUGAACCACCUUGACUCCAGCAGUAACCCAUCCUCCACCACCUCCUCCACGCCAUCCUCCCCAGCGCCCUUCCAGUCCUCCAACCCCCCCAGCGCGACGACACCCCCGAACCCGUCCCCGAUGGCCCAGCGGGACAGCAGGUUUAAUUUUCCAGAAAUUUCCACCCCACCCCAACCGCCCCAAGUCCCUGAUACAGCUGAAGAGACGCGGGUCAAUGACCAACCGAAAGCCAACGUGGCCGAGGACCACGAAACAGAGGUAGAAGAACAUGAGGCGAAUAAGUCAGAGCUGGAAGACGAUGAGGACGAGCUGGACGACCUCCCCAGCUCCCGGAAGCCGUGGAGAGGGAUGAUCUCUCGGAAGGCCAGCAAGACCAGCGUCUACCUGCAGGAGUGGGACAUUCCCUUCGAGCAGGUGGAGCUGGGCGAGCCCAUCGGGCAGGGGCGGUGGGGCAAGGUCUACCGGGGCAGAUGGCACGGGGAGGUGGCCAUCCGCCUGCUGGAGAUGGACGGCAACAACCAGGACCAUCUCAAGCUGUUUAAGAAGGAGGUGAUGAAUUAUAGGCAGACGCGGCACGAGAACGUCGUGCUCUUCAUGGGGGCUUGUAUGAAUCCCCCGCACCUCGCCAUCAUCACCAGUUUCUGCAAAGGGCGGACGCUUCACUCCUUUGUGAGGGACCCCAAGACGAGCUUGGACAUCAAUAAGACCAGGCAGGUUGCUCAGGAGAUCAUCAAGGGAAUGGGGUACCUGCACGCCAAGGGCAUCGUACACAAAGACCUGAAGUCCAAGAACAUCUUCUAUGACAACGGCAAGGUGGUCAUCACGGACUUCGGGCUGUUUGGGAUCUCUGGAGUGGUGCAGGAGGGCAGGCGGGAGAAUGAGCUGAAACUGCCACAUGAUUGGCUGUGCUACCUGGCCCCCGAGAUCGUCCGGGAGAUGACCCCAGGGAAAGAUGAAGACAAAUUGCCCUUCUCGAGAGCUGCUGAUGUGUAUGCCUUCGGGACGGUGUGGUAUGAACUCCAAGCAAGAGACUGGCCUUUCCAGACCCAAGCUGCUGAAGCCCUCAUCUGGCAGAUUGGAAGCGGGGAAGGCGUCAAGCACGUGCUGGCGGGGAUCAGCUUGGGGAAGGAAGUCAGUGAGAUCCUGUCCGCUUGCUGGGCCUUCGACCUGCAGGAGAGACCCAGCUUUCCCCUCUUGAUGGAGAUGAUGGAAAAGCUGCCUAAAUUGAAUCGGCGCCUCUCUCAUCCGGGCCACUUCUGGAAAUCGGCUGAGUAA